AUGGCCACUCUAAAUCAAGCUGGAGACACUAAGUUCACCGUCUUUAUCCGUCUGCCUUUCCCUAGAGGUGACUUUGUGGAUCCUCCACCGGUGGAAUGGAAUGCUGCCAAAGAUCAAGCGCUCUGGGAUAUCCUGUCCCGUCCAUCAAAGGGGAAUGAUAUAGAUUGGAAAGCCCUGGCAGAGAGCUUCGAUGUAACGCUUCAGUUUCUGCUCCAGCAAGCAGCAUGGCUUUACGAUCGCCAGUUAUCGCAAGUCCGCGCGCAAAUGCGCAAAGUAGGUACUACGCAUUCGAACGCGCCAUCCCCGGCUCCAGGCUCCAUAUACGCCAGCACGGCUCUAGGACAAGCAGCCAAAAUAGGCCAAGCCAGUGGCGUUCGAGCCCCAUCUAGACUAUCAUCGCAGCAAAAUGUUCCCCAGCGAGCACCUCUUCCGCGACGCACAAGCUCCGGGAAUACUGUUCAGCAGAUCAAAGGAACUCGAGACCCAUCUUACCCUGGGACUCCCACUUUCGAAACAAAAGAGCCAAAGUGGGAUGGCCAACGACCUUCCAUCGGCAAACGCGAGCAAGCUCCUGUGCCGGCCACCCACAGGUCCCCGACUCUUGAGGAGGAGGGCCUGACUUCAAGCUCAUCAGAGUCUGAGUCUGAUGACGACAAUGACGAUGUUGCGCGUAGGAGGGGAGUUGGCUUUAAACGAUUCGGGCGAUUCUCAAUGCAUCGACAGGCCUUGCGGGACGAUGAAGACGACGACGAUGAUUCCCCUGCCUUUCUUCCGCUCUCUCACAGGGCCGAGCAGGUUCCUCGCGAAAUGUCAGGCCAGGAUCUGAACGCAACACUGCGGAUGGAGCAAGAAGAACUUGCGGCCGUGCGACGACGGGCAACGGAACCACAUCAGAAUCUGAGAAAAUCGAUGACCGCAGAUUCAUCCACGAGCUCUGUCAGCUCUGGUGUUCCCGUCACAGGGUCUCAUCCCCACAGACGCAAACAAAUGAGUCACCCUAGUCCUCGCCGAGCUACAGACUUAGCUCGGAUGAGUCCGCGUCGUUUGACUGCUUCAGGGCGAGAGAUAAGCGAUGGAACGCCUAGCAUGGGGAGCAGCUUCAGCGAUUUAGAUGAUACGAGUGUGACACAAUCAAUGCUUGAGGAAGCACUUCUGAGCAAUAUGCAACACGGCGGAAUGGCCAGCCGGAUGAGUACGAUUAGCCAAGCCCUUCGCAGUCGCUACUUAUGA